GAGAAAAAAACCCUCUUUGGUUUCUGGUUUGCUUUGUCUGCGGUUUCUUUAAUCCAGCCACGCUUUGCUUUCUCCCCUCCAGCUGUGCCAGGGUUCCUAGGAGCAUCCUCCGGGCAGCCACCUAUGCGCCCCAUCCAGAAGCCGCAAGUCAUGGCUCAGCCGCCGGCCGGGUUCUUCGCCGGGCCCAGCCUCCCCGCCCCGCCGCCUCCCAUGGCCACGGCCGCCUCCAGCUUCAGCACCGUGAACAUGGAGGACCUGUCGUGCCUGGGCGUCUCCUCGCAGGCCCCGCCCUCCUCCAUGGACACCGAAACCAGCAUCGCCGAUGCUUUCCUGCACCUCCACUUUGAAGGCGGGGACACCCUGGGGGGCCUCCUGGACGACGCCCCCUACAGCAGCCUGGAUAGCAUCAACACCACCGAGUUCCGGCAGCUGCUCAACGAAGGGUCCGGCCCGGCCCCAAUGCCGGAUGCCCAGGGGACUCUGAUGACCUACCCGGAAUCCAUCACGCGCUUGGUCAGCCAGCGGAGGGCGGGAGGGGAGCCCGGCGGCAGGGGGGGACCCCCCGCCAAUUCCGCCAACAGCAGCUUCAACGGCCUUUUGGGGACCUUCCAGGCCGAGGACAGCUUUUCGUCCAUGUUGGACCUGGACUUGAACUCGCUCCUCAACUCGUAAGGAUUCCCGGUGGUCCGAGACUGGCCUCUCGCUCUUCAGGCUACAGGGGGCUUCCGGU